AUGUCCCAAAAGAGCAAUUCAGGCGUGGUGGAGAAAUUUGUGAAUAAAAGCCUGCUCCACUGCUUGGGUGAGACUGCUGGUGCCUUAGCAGACACAGAGACAGUUUCUGAUACCAAAACCAAUGGUCUAGAAACGAGUCCUAGCAGCAAUGUUGCUGGCGCCGGAAAUAGCAGUGUUUCCAGCCCUCAAGGUACUGACCUCAGAGAUCCUGGAAACGGUGACCAGGGUUGCGAUGGUGACAAAGAGGAUGACGAGUACCGUGAUGACAAUGACUCCAGCGGUCCAGACAUGGAGGACUCUGACAGUUCUAUCAGCAGUGGGGAAAACUCCUCCAGCCAACAAGAGAUGGAGGAAGGUGAGAUUGUGGGAUGCCUAUUUUACCCCCAAGACCUGGAGCCUGGUGAGGUUGUGGAUGAGGAGGGAGUGAAAGGCCAGUUCUAUCACCGCCACUAUGAGUUGGAGCCUGGUGAGGUUGUGGAUGAGGAGGGAAUGCAAGUGCGGAGGCAGUUCCACCACUAUCACCGUGAGUUGGAGCCUGGUCAAGUUGUGGAUGAGGAGAUGUCUGAAAUGCGUGGACAGUCCAGUGAGUCUAGUGAGUCCAGUGAGGACAGCAGUGAGCAAUAUGAUAUUGAAGAAGACAAUUCAAUGGAUGAUUGGAUGGCUUUAGAGACAUCUCCUCUUCCGAGACCUCGAUGGAAAGUCCUUAAUGCCCUUCGUGAUAGGCAGCUGGGUUCAAGUGCCCGCUUUGUGUAUGAGGCCUGUGGGGCAAGAGUAUUUGUGCAGCGUUUCUUGCGACAAUAUGUUUUUGAAGGCCAUGCUGGGUUUGUGAACACUGUGCAUUUUAGCCAACAUGGCACCCUGCUGGCAAGUGGCAGUAAUGACCUAAAAGUGAUCCUUUGGGACUGGCUUCAUCAGCGACAAGUACUGAACUUUCAUAGUGGCCUCAAAAAUAAUGUCUUACAGGUUGCAUUCCUUCCUAAUUGUAGUGAUGCCAUCUUGGCCAUGUGUGGCCGUGAUGGACAGGUACGCAUUGCACACCUCUCUGCUCUGCCAGGCACCCGGAUGACUAAGUGUUUGGUGAAGCAUGAGGGAGCAUCUCAUACAUUGGCUUUAGAGCCACACUCCCCUUUUAGUUUCUUAACAUCAGGUGAAGAUGCAGUUGUUUUCAGUAUUGACCUCAGAAAAGCACGCCCAGCUUGGAAGAUAGUGGUAACCAAAGAAGAUGGUCAGAAAGUGGGACUAUAUACAAUCUUUGUGAAUCCUUCCAACUUCUACCAGUUUGCUGUAGCUGGGCAAAAUCAGUUUGUGAGAAUUUAUGACCAGAGGAAAAUUCAUGAGAAUGUGAACAAUGCAGUUCUCAAAAAAUUCUGUCCUCAUCACCUCAUAAACACUGAUUAUCCAUCAUACAUCACCUCUCUAAUGUAUAGUUAUGAUGGCUCAGAGGUCCUGACUAGCUACAAUGAUGAAGACAUUUACAUUUUCAACUCUUAUGAUAGUGACAGAGCCGAGUAUGCUAAGAGAUAUAAAGGACACAGAAAUAAUGCCACAGUGAAAUGUGUAAAUUUCUAUGGCCCCAGAAGUGAAUUUGUGAUGAGUGGUAGCGAUUGUGAGCACAUCUUCAUCUGGGAAAAGUCAUCAUCCCAGAUUGUUCAGUUCUUGGAGGCAGAUAAAGGAGGAACAAUAAAAUGUAUUGAUCCUCGUCCUUACCUACCUGUGCUGGCAUCCAGUGGCCUAGACCACGAUGUCAAGAUCUGGGCUCCCAUAGCUGGAUCUUCCACAGAUCUUACUGGGUUAAAGAAAUUGGUUAAAAUUAAUAAGCUAAAGCAAGAUAAUUUUAGCUUGCACCACACUUCCCUGUUUGACAACCACAUGCUUUGGUUCCUCAUGAGUCACCUGAAGACAAAUUACCAGUGCAGUUGGAGAGGUAUUAGAAAUGAAGGUGGAGAAGCAGAUAUCAAUGACUCUUCCAGUACUUCCGAGGCAGAAGAAAACCAAAACCAAGAAGAUCCACAGUAUCAGACAUCUUAA